AUGGGUUAUCAUAAAUUAUUUAUCAAGGAACUUAAAGAAUAUAGCAAUGAUGAAAAGUUAGUACAGAACGAAUACCGAAAAAUAGUACUUUCUCUUAUUAGGCUUUAUAAUGCUGAGAAAAUUUCUUCACUAUCAACAAUAUCACAAACAACUUUAGAUCCUAAUGCUCCUAAAUUUUAUAUAGAAAUUAAAGAAUAUAAUCCUAAUAAUACAGCACCUGCAGAUUCACAAGAACCUCCAAUUUUUACUUCUCAUACAAAAUUACAUAGUGUACAAUAUACACAAGAUGAAGUGGAGAAGGAACAUAUUCAAAAUUUAAAUCAAACUUGGAAUACUUUAAAAUUUAGAGGAGCUUUACUACAAGAAUCUUUUGAUUUUAAUCAACCAAAAGAAGUUUUUAAUCUUGUUCCUCCUUCAUUAGAACUUAAAUCUAUUGAUAAGAUUUUCUUUUUAUUGGAUAAACAAAUAUUAGUGACAAGUACAAAUUUUAAAGAUAUGAUUUGUGAAAAGUUAAAACGUUAUACAGAAUUUGUUAAAGUAACUAUUGAAGGUGAAAUUUUAAAAUUUGGAGAUUUUACUGUUAGAGUUGGAAUUUAUUCAUAUGGAACUAAAAAGAGAGGAAUUUUAAUUGAUGUUGAAUAUUCACCUUGUUCUUAUUGUUAUUUAUUUGAAGAGUUAAUGAAGGAUUUUAUGACUUUAUUUGUGGAUUUUGAUUCAAAUACACCAACACCAUCAUCUGCCUAUCAACAAAAUACAGCUAAAAUUAAAAUUAGUGAUCUAUAUAAUAUUUCUAUUGAUUAUGCUGAUUAUUCACUUCCACAUAAUACUUAUACAUUAUCACAUUAUACAACUCAAUUGAUAAAAUUAAUGAUUGAUUGUGGAAUUUUAAAGGCAACAAUCCCAACUGAUUCUAAUACUCAAUAA